GCUGCGGAGCGGAGGCGGGGCGUAGGGCGGGGUCACGUGGGGCUGCGCGCAAAGCUGCCGGGAGCCGACUGGGCCGCGGGCCGCGGGGCCGGCGCCCUCCUGGAGGGAUGGGGCUGCCGGGCGCGUAGGGGCCAUGCCGCCCGGGCCCCGGGCCUGCCGCGUUCCGCGCCCCGGCCGCCGCGCCCCGCGUCCGCGCCGGGAUGGUGAACCUGGCGGCCAUGGUGUGGCGCCGGCUUCUGCGGAAGAGGUGGGUGCUCGCCCUGGUCUUCGGGCUGUCGCUCGUCUACUUCCUCAGCAGCACCUUCAAGCAGGAGGAGAGGGCAGUGAGAGAUAGGAAUCUCCUCCAGGUUCAUGACCAUAAUCAGCCCAUCCCGUGGAAAGUGCAGUUUAACUUGGGCAAUAGCAGUCGUCCGAGCAAUCAGUGCCGCAACUCCAUUCAAGGGAAGCACCUCAUCACGGAUGAACUCGGCUACGUUUGCGAGAGGAAGGAUUUGCUGGUAAAUGGCUGCUGUAACGUCAACGUCCCUAGCACGAAGCAGUACUGCUGUGAUGGCUGCUGGCCCAACGGCUGCUGCAGCGCCUAUGAGUACUGUGUCUCCUGCUGCCUGCAGCCCAACAAGCAACUUCUCCUGGAGCGCUUCCUCAACCGGGCAGCUGUGGCAUUCCAGAACCUCUUCAUGGCAGUUGAAGAUCACUUUGAGUUGUGCCUGGCCAAAUGCAGGACCUCAUCCCAGAGCGUGCAGCAUGAGAACACCUACCGGGACCCCAUAGCGAAGUAUUGCUAUGGAGAAAGCCCGCCCGAGCUCUUCCCUGCUUGACGGGUGCAGCGGACUUGCUCCAGCCUGGGUGAGGAGGCCUCGCUGAAGAACUUGCCUCCUGGGACCCAGCUUCAGCCAAAGGGCCAGGCUGCAGGAAGAAGACAAAGGCAGCGCGAGGAAACCUUGGCUUUGACCACUUCUUGUGUUGUCAUCUUUGGCUUCGCUCACCACCCGGGCUUACCAGAUGGAACUCUUCUGUAAAGCAGCUUGGCCCCUCCAGCCAGUCCCAUUCGGGAAAGAUGAAACCGGAGGCCGGGCUCGCGGUGGUGGUGGAAUUCUUGGAUGACUUAGCCCUGGGACCGGCACAGGGACCUGUGACUUAUGUUCGUCGGGGGCCGGUGUUACUUCCAGUUUUGAUCCAGGCCCUUUCACUGUAAAAUUAUUUAUUGGAUUCCUUUGGAGUAAUGGGAACAUUCUAAUGUUUUAUGUAGGAAAAUGCCUUGCCAUUCUAGUUGAAUAUGUUCAAGGAAAUUAUUUUUGUUGUUGUUCUGUGUUCUCGAGUUUCAGGAGUUAAAUCAUUCUUCCACCCAGAUAAAACAUUUGCUCUUUUAGGACGUGAAUAUUCUCUCUAGGCAGUUAUUUUUGUUUGUAUUUCGACUGUAUCAAGCAUAGGCCCUGAACAUGACCUGUUAGCCAUAUCCUGACGUGUAAAAUUAUCUAAAAACUCAGACACUCUUCCAUUCUAAUCUAACUGCAAGAUUUCUAACAGUGGGCACCGUGUGCCUGCCCUCAGGUUAUUUUCCAGUGGCAGUCAAAUGUGCUCAUAUACCCUAUGGAGAGCACUGUGUUAGCAGAAAUCUAAUUUCUCUUCCUGGAGGAAUUUGUUCUCAUUUCUUUUGCCACUUAAAAUUAACUGUGGGCUACUCAGCCAGGGACAGUGGGAGCCUCAGGAAGGUCAGAGGCAACCUCCUCCCCUGUUCUGUCAAUAGAAACCCAAUGUUGAGGCAAUUCCUAAACAGAUGCACCUCACAGCUUGCUGUAUGUGUUUAUUCUUUAUUGCUUUCAGCUUUGGGGCUGUAACAGGUACAAAUAUUUGGUUUCCCUAUGAUUUAUAGAGAAGAAGAAGAAACCCAGCUUUCUAUCAGAGCACUGCAAGAGAAGAGUCUUACACCUGCCCUCAGUGGGAGAUGAGAAUGGUCAUUAUGACUUAGAGAAUGCUACACAUGUAGGUUGCUGUUGUGUCCUGAAUCCACAGGCAUAAAGCACUCCCCAUUUUUCCUGCUGUAACACAGAUUCUCCGGCUCAAGGUCUAGAAUAUUUGAUCCUAAGAUCAAGACAUUAUGCCCUUCGAAUAGUACUGCUCUUUGGUUUCAGGAGUCACAUGAACACACAACUCUCCUAUAUUCCUUCCGGAACCUCAAGAUUGAGCAAGGUCUUUGUAAUUUUUUUGGUUCACAUUAUUGACCUGGGAGCAAGGUGCUAAUUCUGUGGUCAGUAUUCAACGUUUUUUUCAGUGGAGCUUCUUCUUGGGGCCAUAUUUGCCUUCCAGUACAUUCCUGCAAUAUGUAGUGGUGAUUUUCCUUAACUUCCUCCUACUACCUCUUAUACUCAUCUCCCAAAAUUAUUUGCCUCCCUUAAAUAAGUUUUCCUAGAGGGUAAGCUGGUCAGGCAAUUUUAAAAAUAUUAGAUCCCAAGGAAUCUAUUCCGUUUGCAUUGGACUUCUCCGAUUCCAUGUGUUUGCAGCAGGACUACAUCGAACUCUGAUGUGACAGAUUGUGGCAUGUCUGCAUGUCUCAUCCAUCUAUUGUUUUUGGUAACUCAGUUUGGAAUUUCAGUGUCUGUCUUCCCUGGGUUGACAUUGGAAUCAGCCCCUCCUUUGAGCUUAUUUUAACUCUUGAGCAACAUAACAUAGAUUUAAUGUGAACAGUUUAUACCAAAGGGCAGCCUGUGCCUAUUUACGGAUCCUCUCUGACUUUGUACUUGAAGAGUGCAUUUUACAUUUCCAGUGCUUUCACAAACAGGAACCCCAACCUUACGAUGGAGAAUUAAGCUUGCUUGUAUUUCCACUUUGUGGAUGAGGAAA